AUGGCAUUGUUAGUUCUAUAUUUCGUUGAUUACAAACUAAAUGUGACGGACAGUACAGCCGGUGCCACAACUGUGGCCGCACUCGACAACUAUAAGACCAACUUCUUGGCAUACCUGGGAAUUGCUUCCAUCUCACCAAAUGUUGUACUCCAGGCGCUCAACUUGUUUGGUAGAACAUCCCAUGGCUCGCUAUCCACCCGCAUAUCUAUGGCAUUUCUAUUGCAGGCCGUGGUAUUUGUGACAACCAUAGGACUGGCCAUAGCGGACACCAGCGGCUGGCCUGUAGGGUUUUUCUGGUUGACCAUGGUCACCGCCGUUGUCAUUAACGCCGCUGUAGGUGUGUUGCAGAGUUGUUAUAGCGGGGCGGCCGCCAAACUGCCCCCGGAGUACAUGAAUGCCACUCUAUUGGGCAACAAUUUGAGCGGGGUCAUUGUGGCCGUGUUUAUGCUGGUGUCCAUAGCCCUGUCCCCCUCCCCGCACGCCAUCGGCAUUAUAUACUUCUCGCUGGCGUUGGUUAUGAUUGUCGUGUGUCUGGUAUUGCAGUACAAACUCAACAGUAAUGAUUUCUAUGUAUAUCACAGCGAACUCGACUGCAAAUCCGGCGCCGAUAGCGUUGCCGACGAUAACUGUCCCCCGGAAUCGCAUGGCAUGAGUGGUGACACUACCGGUGAUGCUGAGGGUGACCAACACAUGGAGGGACUCGUACUCUACCGAUACGUGUUCGGCAAGACUUGGCACCAAUUGCUCAACAUUUUCAUCACAUCGUUCAGCACUUUAUGCAUAUUCCCGGCCCUAAUGGCAGACAUCCGGCCCCUGAACCACAUGAUUAGCGAGCGCUAUUUUGUGCCCACUUUUUGUUUCCUGUUUUUCAACGUGUUUGUCACGUGUGGCAACAGUUUGGCCCAAAUUAUACAGAGGCCGGGGCCGCGAUACCUGUUUGUGUGGUGUGCCCUACGCCUACUGUUUAUACCGUUUUUCCUAUACUGUAAUUACAGACCCGGAACUAUUGACCGACACCUGCCGGUGGUGUUUGAUAAUGACUGGUAUUAUAUCGGGGGUACGGUUGCGAUGACCCUGUCGUUUGGUUACCUGACCAGUAUGUGUAUGAUGUACGCACCCCGUUGUGUACCCCACCGGCACUCCGCCACCGCCGGAAUGAUGGCCUGUUUGGCCCUAUUGUUGGUUUUUUAA